AUGGCGUCUGAUGGAGUCAAGAUGAGGCAGGAGAUGCCGCCCAAAGGUGGCUAUCCCAUGGUAGAAUAUCAACGAAAUUUGCCACGGAGAGGUGUCUCUGGAGCAGCAAUGAUCAUUGGUAGUGCUGCAAUUAUGUCAUUUGGAUUCUAUCUAGUAAUUAAAGGCAAUCGACAUCGAAGAGUGCUAAAACAAGAAAGACUAGAAGCCAGACACUUUGUAAGGCCGUUAAUACAAGCAGAAGAAGAUAGAAGAAUACUUCGCCGUCUCAAAUGUUUAGAAUAUGAGGAAGCGAAAAUUAUGCAGAAUGUACCAGGAUGGGUUAUAGGUGAAAGUGUUUAUCAUACCGAUCGAUGGGUGCAGCCACCUGCUGAACAAUUAUCUAGAUUUUGA